AUUUGGGUUUGGCAUCCAGCUGAGGUUGGUUUGAAAUUCAAGACUUCUUUCAUUCUAGCUUGCUUAACCUUAAUACUCGUUUUGUCCCGGGGGCCAAAGUACGAAAAGUACACGUACUAUGAUCUGAGAAGUAAAUUUGAGCCUAUUUCCUGCUGUAAAAUGAGUAAUUUUACGUCUAAUACAAGAGCGGAAAGUGAAUGCUUGCUUCCAUUAGAGCAUGGCAUUAUUCUGAUUAUUCUGAAUAUCAUUUCAAGCGUCUUCGGAAGUAUUGGAAACUUAUUGGUCUGCGCAACGAUUUACACCACCACUGGUCUUCAAACUAUUUCCAAUUAUUUCCUCGUCAGUAUGGCAGUUGCUGACUUGAUCGUAACUGUGGUGGCACAGCCUCUUCUUGUGGGCUUCCUCGGCGCAGCAAUCGAUGGUUCGUGUGCCAAUAUCGUGGAGUUAUUGUUCAGACUUGCAGCGAAUAUUUCCUGUGCUGUUUCUGUGAUUCAUCUGUGUUUCAUCAGUGUUGAUAGAUGUCUGAUGGUGACGAAACCGCACAAUUUUAGUCGGAUCAUGACGAAAAUGAGAUCUCGAAUCCUGUUAUUGAUAUCCUGGGUCCUGCCGAUUAUCUACGCUGUUCUGAGACUGAAAGUCAGCAAGAGGGCGACGUCUCUGUUCACUGUUGCAAUGAUGGCCGUGUGCUACAUGGUCAUCGUCAUCAGCUACACCCUCAUUAUUAUCCAGGUACGAAAACAACAAAAUCUGAUGCAAUCACGCCAAACUGCCUACUCGGCUGGUAACAGCAAGAGAAAGCGUGACCAGAUGGAACGACGUGUCGCCAUGACAAUAGGCAUCGUCAUCAUAGUGUUCACCAUUUCCUGGCUGCCCAUAUUAGUACUGAGGUCACUCAACGCUGACAAGAAUUCCGGUACAGCGUACAACUGGGCACGCACGUUGGCCUUAUGUAAUUCAGCAAUGAAUCCAUGGAUCUAUUGCUAUCGUAUCCCAGAGUUCCGUGCGGCCUACAGGAGGCUGUUUAUUCUGUGUCGCUGGGGGCAAGUCAAGGGAAGUGGUCUUGGCGAAGCGGAGACGACUAUGACGAGUGAGUCUGCUACGAGGAAUCAAGACGUUCAUUCCUUUGAGCACGACAAUGUUCCUGUCGACGCUGGUAGCGGCAAGAAUCAGCAUAGUUCAAUGAAGAUAGUAUCUGUCCAACCAGAGUGUGAGCAGUCCCAGGGCCUUGGUGGAGACUCGGCCACGCCUGGCAGUGCAGGGGACUAGUACAUUAACACUAUCAAAAUCUCCUGUUUCGUGUUCUCAGUUGCUCGAUCAGGUUUGCAUCGAUUUUCAUGUAGAAAUUUAAUGUGUUGCAGUUAAGGUCCGGUGGAAUUUCAAAGUCGGCCAGUGUUUGUAUUGUUGAAGUUGAGGAUUCUUUACUUUCGCGGUUGGUAUUUGUGAAUAUCUGUAACUACCAAACUAUACCAGUCAUCGUUAUCUUCAAUCAUUCGCGACAUUAUCACCAUCAUCUAUCACCAUCAUCAUCGUCAUUACCGUUAGUCCGAUAUCAUCUUUAUCAACACCACUCCAUCAUCAUCAUCAUCAUCAUCAUCGCCUUAUUGCCUCAUCAUUGUCAUCUUCAUCAUCACCAUCAUUAUCGACAUUAUCAUCAUCACCAUCAUUAUCACCAUCACCAUCAUCAUUAUCAUCA